CACGCCACACUCCAGUCUCCGCUCCACUGUCUCCACACUCCAGCUUCUUCGAUUCGACAUGGAGCCCAAACCCUCGCCGCCGCCCGCGGCCAAACCGCGCCGCCGGGGGGCAGCGACCAAGCGCAAGGAGAGGGCCGCAUCCGCGGCGCUCUCCACGUCCCCGCCGCCAAAGCGCCAGGCCAAGGAGCGCGCCCCCGUCGACCCGCCACCCCUCCCGCCGCCGCCGCCGCCGCCUGCACCGCGCAACCGCCCGCCCGCCCGCAAGUCGCGGCGGAAGCCCGCACGGAAGAAAGCGUCGCGCCGCUCCGUGAAUCCUCCUCGCGAGCAGGAGGAGAAGGAGGAGGAGGUGCCGCCCCCUCCCCCGCCGCCACGGCCGUCGUUGGAGCAGGAGAUCGAGGCCGUCCUUUCCCGCGGCGCCGGCGUCCACGUCGUCCCCACCUUCGCCGGAUGGUUUUCAUGGAAGGGAAUUCACCCAAUUGAGAAGCAAAUGUUGGCUACAUUUUUUGAUGGGAAAUCAGAGAUGAGGACACCCAAGAUAUACUUGGGAAUUAGAAAUUUAAUCAUGAGCAAGUUUCACUUUAACCCUGAAGUGCAUUUGGAGGCCAAAGAUUUGUCUGAGUUGUCAAUUGGGAAGAUGGAUGCUCGUCUUGAAAUUUUGGAGUUCUUGUCUCACUGGGGCUUGGUUAAUUUCCACCCUUUUCCACCAGUUACGCAGAAAUGCGAGCUAGUUGAGAGCAAAACUGGUGCUGAUACAGCGGAGGAAAUUUCUCUGGUUGAGAAGCUAUUUCAGUUUAAAACUGUUCAUUCGUAUCUGGUACCUGUUCCGAAGAAAGCUGAUGUCAUAUCUCCAGUUCAGUUCACUAGUUUGCUUGCUGAGCCUACCCUAGCUGAAGAUGCGAUAACCACAGCUGAGUCUUCCGUUGAGUAUCAUUGCAACUCCUGCUCAGUUGAUUGUUCUAGAAAGCGCUAUCAUUGUAGGACUCAGGUAGACUUUGAUCUGUGUUCUGAUUGCUACAAUGUAGGAAAGUUUGAUGAAGGCAUGUCAAAUGCUGAUUUCAUCCUUAUGGAAUAUGCAGAGGUUCCAGGCUCAGGUGGUUCUAACUGGACUGACCAGGAGACGUUGCUUCUUUUGGAAGCGUUAGAAAUUUUUAAAGGAAAAGAAUGGGAUGAGAUUGCUGAGCAUGUUGCUACAAAAACAAAAGAACAGUGCAUGCUAUACUUCCUCCAAAUGCCAAUUUUCGAUUACUUUCUAGAUGGUAAAGAAUUCAGUGAAACACCUCAGAAGAUUACACAGGAUUUGGCAGAAACUGGCACUUUUGAUGUACCUGAGGAAAUGGAUGUAGAUGACAAUGCAGAAGGAAAAGAGAGCACUGAUGAAAAAACUUUCAAGAAAGCAGAUGCUAAUUCUUCAGAAACAGGAACAAAAUUAGCUGACCAAAGCGUUUCUGCUAAAGAGGAUACCAUGAAUCCAGGUGAUAAUGUUCUAGUCGCGUCUUCCAUUGUUGAUGAAUCAAACAAAUCUUCAUUGAUGGAUCCUGCAAAUAAGAAAAAUUUAGCUGAUGUUGAUGUUUCUGGGGAACAUGCAUCCAACUUUGUUAUUGAUGUCCUGAGAUCUACUUUUGAAGUAAUUGGUCACUUUUUGGAUAAAGAAGACUUGGGUUCAUUUGCUGAAGCAGGAAACCCUGUGAUGGCACUAGCUGCAUUUUUUGCUUCUGUUGUGGAACGUGAGGAUGCUGUUACUUCAUGUUGUAAUUCACUGAGAGCUAUAUCUGAAAUAUCUCCUGCUCUCCAACUGGCAACUGGGCACUGUUUUAUACUUCCGGAUCCACCGAGUAACCUCGAAGAUCCUACUUCCAAUUUCAGCCCUUGCACAGGUGGUGAGUGCCAAGGAGGCGUUGGUGGUACUCAAAAUGUGAAUGCUACUGAUAAAGAUAGCAGUGAAAGGGAAGAAAGUGCUUUAGCUCUGGAAAAAGAGAAAGCUACAUUCACCUCACAGAAAGAGCACAUGGAAUUAUCUAACACAAAGGAAUCGUUUGUUGAAGGUCCCCAAGCGGAAGUCAUAUCCAACAGCACAAAGGAUUCUGAUAAUCGAACUGCUAUAAUGGAGAGUAGUGUUGCAUCUGAUAAGAUGAGAUAUGGUUGUAAUACUAUUCCAUGUUCUGCUACUUCAACUAAUACAAAUGAACCUAGUUCCAUAGCUUCCCAAGAAGCCAGUGCAGCAAGUACAAAGGGGACAACCAACCCUGAACGAGUAGAAGGGGACAAACCAAGUUCUAUGGAAUUACCAGAUGAUGGCUCACCUUCACAUGGAAAGGUAGAUCCAGAAGAGAUUGAACUUGCACCUGUGGCCUCAUCUAGCAUGCAACAACACGAGUCCAACCAAACUGGAAAUGGCAACACAAAAGAACCUAACAGCAACGAAAACAUCAUUGCUGCUGCUGCUGCUGAUCCCGUAAUAAGGCUACAGAGAGCGGCAGGUACCGCCGUUUCAGCAGCUGCAGUGAAGGCUAAGUUCCUCGCGGAGCAGGAGGAAGUUCAUAUUCGGCAACUAGCUGCACUUGUGAUCGAAAAGCAGUUUCAGAAGAUGGAAGCUAAGAUGUCAUUUCUCUCUGAAGUUGACAAUCUGGUCUUACGAUCGAGAGAAUUGACGGAGAAAAUGCGGAAGAAGCUUAUGCUGGAGCGGAGCGCGAUAAUCACCUCUCGAAUGGCUGCCGCGGCAUCCAGAACAAACCAGCAUGGGGCUCCUGGGACUAGACUGCCACUGCCAGUAGCCCUGGUUCAGCAGCUGAGGCGCCCUUGAAGCCUAGACGCUGUGGCAGAUCCACUGAUCCAAGUAUAUAAAUGAUGUAGGUCUGGCCUUUGUAGUCGUGCUAAUCCUCCGCCUAGUAAAAAUCCAGUGUUACUGCGCCUAGGGCCUAGGGUAACUUUCAGGGUCAAGCUAGGGUACUCAGCUUGCUGCCAUGCUAUGUCUUAACUGAAUUUAUGUAGGAAUGUAAUCUCACCCGUAAUGUGUAUCAGUAUCACACUGGUUUAGGAUGUAGGCUUUGAUGCUCGUGUGGACUGCACCCUCUUCUUUUC